AUGGCAGGUAUGAAGACAGCCUCCGGGGACUAUAUCGACUCGUCCUGGGAGCUGCGGGUGUUUGUGGGCGAGGAGGAGCCCGAGGCCGAGUCGGUCACCCUCCGGGUCACAGGGGAGUCGCACAUUGGCGGGGUGCUUCUGAAGAUCGUGGAGGAGAUCAAGCGCAAGCAGGACUGGUCCGACCAUGCCAUUUGGUGGGAGCAGAAAAGACAGUGGCUACUGCAGACCCACUGGACGCUGGACAAGUACGGGAUCCUGGCUGACGCCCGCCUCUUCUUUGGGCCCCAGCACCGGCCGGUCAUCCUACGGCUGCCCAACCGCCGCGCCCUGCGUCUGCGAGCUAGCUUCUCCCAACCCCUCUUCCAGGCCGUGGCUGCCAUCUGCCGCCUCCUCAGUAUCCGGCACCCUGAGGAGCUGUCCUUGCUCCGGACUCCUGAGAAGAAGGAGAAGAAAAAGAGAGAGAAGGAGCCGGAGGAAGAGGUGUAUGACCUGUCCAAGGUCAUCCUGGCUGGGGGUGUGGCACCCGUGCUGUUCCACGGGAUGCCAGCCCACUUCUCGGACAGUGCACAGACCAAGGCCUGCUACCACAUGCUCAGCCGGCCCCAGCCACCUCCGGACCCCCUCCUGCUGCAGCGCCUGCCUCGGCCCGGCUCCCUGAUGGACAAGACCAAGCUGCACAGCAGGUGGCUGGACUCAUCACGGUGUCUCAUGCAGCAGGGCAUCAAGGCCGGGGACAUGCUUUGGCUGCGUUUCAAGUACUACAGCUUCUUCGACCUGGAUCCUAAGACGGACCCUGUGCGGCUGACACAGCUGUACGAGCAGGCUCGGUGGGAUCUACUGCUGGAAGAAACAGACUGCACCGAGGAGGAGAUGAUGGUGUUCGCAGCCCUGCAGUACCAUAUCAACAAGCUGUCGCAGAGUGGGGAGGUGGGUGAGCCGACGGGCCCAGAUCCAGGCCUGGACGACCUCGAUGCAGCUCUGAGCAACCUGGAGGUGAAGCUGGAAGGGUCGGCGCCCACUGAUGUGCUGGACAGCCUCACCACCAUUCCGGAGCUCAAAGACCAUCUCCGAAUUUUCCGUAUUUCACAAACCGUCCCCUGCAUCCCUAGGCCCCGGAAGCUGACCCUGAAGGGGUACCGCCAGCACUGGGUGGUGUUUAAGGAGACCACCCUGUCCUACUACAAGAGCCAGGACGAGGCCCCUGGAGAUCCCAUUCAGCAGCUUAAUCUCAAGGGCUGUGAGGUGGUCCCUGACGUUAAUGUCUCAGGCCAGAAGUUCUGCAUCAAACUCUUGGUGCCAUCACCUGAGGGCAUGAGUGAAAUCUACCUGCGGUGCCAAGAUGAGCAGCAGUAUGCACGGUGGAUGGCUGGCUGCCGACUGGCCUCCAAGGGCCGCACCAUGGCGGACAGUAGCUAUAGCAGCGAGGUGCAGGCCAUCCUGGCCUUCCUUAACCUGCAGCGGGCGGGUGGCGGGGGCUCGGGCAACCACUCCCAGGGGCCCGAUGCCUCCAACGAGGGCCUCAACCCCUACGGCCUCGUUGCCCCCCGUUUCCAGCGCAAGUUCAAGGCCAAGCAGCUCACCCCACGGAUCCUGGAAGCCCACCAGAACGUGGCCCAGCUGUCGCUGUCCGAGGCCCAGCUACGUUUCAUCCAGGCCUGGCAGUCCCUGCCUGACUUUGGCAUCUCCUACGUCGUGGUCAGGUUCAAGGGCAGCAGGAAAGAUGAGAUCCUGGGCAUUGCCAACAACCGGCUGAUCCGCAUCGACCUGGCCGUGGGCGACGUGGUCAAGACCUGGCGUUUCAGCAACAUGCGCCAGUGGAACGUCAACUGGGACAUCCGGCAGGUGGCGAUCGAGUUUGACGAACACAUCAACGUGGCCUUCAGCUGCGUGUCCGCCAGCUGCCGCAUCGUGCACGAAUACAUCGGGGGCUAUAUCUUCCUGUCGACGCGGGAGCGGGCCCGCGGGGAGGAGCUGGAUGAGGACCUAUUUCUGCAGCUCACAGGGGGCCACGAGGCCUUCUAG